AUGAGCAAGGAAACCUCGCAGGAGACCCCAAGCAGGAGAGUCACAGACAACCUUCUCUCUAGGUUCUCAUUAUCUCCGUUAUUUUUCCAUGGGAGCAGAGCUGAAGGUUUGGCUAAACCUCAGUUUCAUCUAAACCAGCUCACUCCACAACUGGAGAUUAUAUGUGGCUCCUCUCAUCCUCUGGACUGGCUGCCUCUAGUGGAAGAAUGGUUCUACUUGUUGAUAUUAAUGGGGAAUGUUGGAGGUUACCAGAGAGAACUUCUCUAUCAAAGGGAAGAUGGCUCUUUCAGUGCUUUUGGGAAUGAUGACCCUUCUGGGAGCACUUGGUUGUCAGCUUUUGUUUUAAGAUGUUUCCUUGAAGCUGAUCCGUACAUAGAUAUUGACCAGAAUGUGUUACACAGAACAUACACUUGGCUUAAAGGGCGUCAAAAAUCCAGUGGUGAAUUUUGGGAACCAGGAAGAGUGAUCCAUAGAGACAUGCAGUUCUGGGUGUCAUCAGUGUCCAAACUUUCUGACUCCUGGCAGCCACGCUCCCUGGAUAUUGAGGUGGCGGCCUAUGCACUGCUCUCGCACUUCCUGCAGCUGCAGGUUUCUGAGGGAAUCCCGAUUAUGAGGUGGCUGAGCAGGCAAAGAAAUAGCUUGGGAGGUUUUGCAUCUACCCAGGAUACCAUUGUGGCCUUAAAAGCCCUGUCGGAAUUUGCAGCCCUAAUGAAUACAGAAAGGACACAUAUCCAAGUGACUGUGAUAGGGCCCAGCUCGCCACAACCUGUCACGUUUCUGAUUGACACACACAACCGCUUGCUCCUUCAGACAGCUGAGCUUGCUGUGGUAAAGCCAACUGUAGUUAAUAUUUCUGCAAAUGGUUUUGGAUUUGCUAUUUGUCAGCUCAAUGUUAUUUAUAAUGUGAAAGAUUCAGGGUUUUCUAGAAGACGAAGAUCUACUCAGAAUCAAGAAGCCUUUGAUUUAGAUGUUGCUGUAAAAGAUGAUGAAGCCGAUAUCAAUCACGUGAAUCUGAAUGUAUGUACAAGGUUUUUGGGUCCAGAUAGGAGUGGCAUGGCCCUCAUGGAAGUUAACCUACUCAGUGGCUUUACUGUGUCUUCAGAUGCAAUCCCUCUGAGUGAGACAGUGAAGAAAGUAGAACACGAUCAUGGAAAACUCAACCUCUAUUUAGAUUCUGUAAAUGAAACACAGUUUUGUGUGGAUAUUCCUGCCGUGAGAAACUUUAAAGUUUCAAAUACCCAAGAUGCUUCCGUAUCCAUAGUGGAUUAUUAUGAACCAAGGAGACACGCGGUGAGAAGUUACAACUCCAAAGCGAAGCUGUUCGUCUGUGACCUUUGCAGAGACAUCCAGGGCUGCGGUCCUUGUGAGGCUGCAGCUUCAGUCUCCCUUCAUCACUCUUCAGUCAUUUUCAUUUGCUGUUUCAUGCUUCUGAGCUCUUUGCAGCAUUGGCUGUGAUUUAUUUUUUAAGGACUUCAUGUAACACUAACAUUUCUAGAAACCACGUGUGAUUGUUUUGUUUUCAUAAUCAGAUAUUGCUUCUGAUUAUUUUGAAAACAAAUUUUUUUCUUUCUGUGGGACUGGGGGGCGGGGAUGGUCCCAGUGUGUAUAGCUGUGUAGGUUUCUUCACCUGACCUUUGUGUGGAAGAUCAGAAAGAUUGUAGUUGUACAUCUGUAUUUCCCCCUCUCAAAAUCUUUUAGGAUUUUUUUUUGGAGGUGCUUGUUUUCUUCAGAAUAAAAGUGUUAUUUUAGAUUA